UCUCUUCGAUCUGACUUUGGCUUCUCUCCGCGCAAGGCACGGCGGCGACGGCCGGAGCUCAAUGACGAACAGCUGCAGGAGGUGAAGGAGGCCUUUGAGCUGUUCGACACGGACAAGGACGGGCGCAUCGACUACCACGAGCUCAAGGUCGCUAUGCGGGCACUCGGCUUUGAUGUGCGCAAGGAGGAGGUUCUCCGCAUUCUGCAGGACCUGGACAAAGACGAGGCCGGGACCAUCGACUUUUCCGAGUUCAAGGGCGUCAUGGCUGUCAAGAUCUCUGAGCGCGAUCCGCUGGACGAGAUCCGCAAGGCCUUCCGCCUCUUUGACGAGGACCAGACCGGCUUUAUCUCGCUCAAGAACAUGCGCCGCAUUGCCAAGGAGCUCGGCGAGCACAUGACCGACGAGGAGCUGCAGGCCAUGAUCGAUGAGUUUGAUCGCGACCAGGACGGCAUGAUCUCCGAGUCGGAGUUCUGCGCCAUCAUGCUUCCCGACGACGACCUCAACCUGUAACCACCCUUCCAACCACCCCAUCACCCUACCACUCCACAACCUAUGCCCCGCUCUCUGUCCCCCCGUCUCCCUCCCGGUGCUGCUCGAGCUGACGAAUGCGUAUCUGCUCGGACCGCCCUCGUUUGUUGCCCCUCGCCUGCCUGCGCCUGUCGCCUGUCGCACCUGCUCGCAAUGAACUAUCGAUCCCCCC